GACGUGCUGUGCUUGUAAUUUUCCGGUAAAUUCGAGUUUCCAUAAGUUUUACAAUGACGGGUAACUGGAAUCAACGUGCUUGUCCAUCCAGGAAGCGUACAAGAAGUACAAGUGACGGUCACGGGAAACAUACCCAGGAGCGUCAUCAUCGUCGCCCCAGGAACACUCGGGAGCGAGAUCGCGACCAAGCCGCUUUGGCGCUGGCGGACCUCGCCGUCGCCACCGGCUGUGAGCCCACGACGUCGCAAGUGGACAUUCUGACUUCAGCGGUCGACGUCAUCCACACUUUACAAGGAAGUGAAGCAUCUGCCACUGAGGAGAUUGAAGAGUUGUUACUGCGGAAUAAAUUGUUGAAGAUGCAAAUGGCAGCUAUGAGACAACGACUGGCGGAAUAUCGAGAGGCAUCGUCACUUGAAUCCAAUGAGCCUGCAGCAGAGUCCAAUGAAGAUCCAUCUGGAGCUACACACGUGUGCGAUGACACCUGCAGGAGAGCACAUUAUGAGAAUUCAAUAUGUAUGGCGGGAUGUCAGCCUUCCAAGCCAAACAGACCACCAAAUUUUUGAAAACUGGCGUCAACAGGCAUUGUUAGACCAUGACUAUUGCUAGUCAUGUGGGAACUGCCUCUGCUACUUCGAUCACUAUUGAAUCAGGUACCUACUGCGUCCGAUGAAAAUCUCUCAAUUUAUGACGUCACCUCAGAUCGGGUUACUUGUUAUGAAUUAGGUUUGAAUUUGACUGAAAUUAGUUAUUUUUUGAAAAGAUAAUUAAGCUAGCCUGUAUUUUUGUUAAAAACUUACUUAUUGUGUAACGAGUUGUUAAAAUGUAAACGUCAAGCAAUGUUAUUUAUGGAAGUAGUUCUUUUUUUAAUAGUUUGAAUUGUAUUAAUUUUAAUCUGGUUAAUAUGAUUUUAUACCUAGAACAAACUCUGUCGAAUUUUAUUAUGCAAUUAAUUUUAAAAAUG